CGUAACGUGUUCACGUAGGUUGUUGGGCUGGAGAAUUUGCGACGAUGGCGACGACGGAUCGGUGCUGGAAAGGGACGCAGUGAAGCUGGCCUCGGCUCGGAAUAUGACGAAUGUUUAUCUGUUAGAGGUGUAUUUGCUGCUUAGUAAUUGCACGGGCUUCCGAUGAAUCUUUGGCUUCCAACUUUUCAUCACUCCUUUCCCUAAUUUCCAUGUCUUACUUGUGAGAGUUUCCAAACAAGAUCAGCGGGUUUGCCCAUCAUCCGUAGCUGAUUGUCUGUGACCGAUCCAGGCCGGAGUUCCUUGUUGGUUGACCCACACUCCUUCACAGGGGCCAUGGAGGAGGAGGGGCAGCAGAGCUUGGAGCAUAUCCAGGCCAAUCAGAUCUUCCCUAAGAAGUCCCCUGUCCUAGAGGAGGAAAACAUGCAGGUGCCCUUUCCUGAGCUGCACGGGGAGUUCACAGAGUAUGUCGGGAGAGCAGAGGAUGCCAUCAUUGCAACGUCCAACUACCGCCUACACAUCAAGUUCAAAGAGUCCGUUGUCAAUGUUCCACUACAGCUCAUAGAGUGCGCGGAGUGUCGGGAUAUGUUCCAGCUUCAUGUCACCUGUAAAGACUGCAAAGUCAUCAGGUGUCAGUUCUCAACCUUUGAGCAGUGUCAGGAAUGGUUGAAACGCCUGAGCACAGUAGUGCGCCCUCCCUCUCGCCUGGAGGACCUCUUCUCCUUUGCCUUCCAUGCUUGGUGCAUGAAUGUAUACGCCGGCGAGAAGGAACAGCACGGCGAGCUGUGCAGACCAGGUGAACAUGUGACCUCCUGGUUCAAGAACGAGGUGGAGAGGAUGGGCUUUGACACUCAAAACGCCUGGAGGAUAACCGACAUCAACAGCAAGUUCAGGCUUUGCCCCAGCUAUCCUCAGCAGCUCCUGGUGCCAGCCUGGAUCACUGACAAGGAGCUGGAAAAUGUGGCAGCCUUCCGCUCCUGGAAGAGGUUCCCUGCUGUGGUUUAUAGGCACCAGACCACGGGGGCUGUGAUCGCCCGCUGCGGACAGCCAGAGGUCAGCUGGUGGGGUUGGAGGAACGCUGACGAUGAGCACCUGGUCCAGUCCAUCGCUAAGGCCUGUGCUGUAGACAGCAGCUCCCGUAAGCACCUUUCCAACGGCAGCUACACCAACGGCUCUGACCUGCCUGAUACUGACUUUGAAUCCUCCAUCACCAACAGUUCAGAGGUGGAAACGUUGGCCAUCCAGCCCCAGAAGUUACUGAUCCUGGAUGCCAGGUCUUAUGCUGCUGCUGUAGCUAACAGGGCCAAGGGGGGAGGCUGCGAAUGCCCAGAGUACUAUCCCAACUGUGAAGUGGUGUUUAUGGGCAUGGCUAACAUCCACUCCAUCCGCAAGAGUUUCCAGUCUCUGCGUUUCCUCUGCACUCAGAUGCCUGAUCCAGCCAACUGGCUUUCUGCACUGGAGAGCACCAAGUGGCUGCAGCAUCUGUCACUGCUGCUGAAGGCGGCACUGCUCGUGGUCAACGCUGUGAACCGAGACCACAGGCCCGUCCUGGUGCAUUGCUCUGAUGGCUGGGACCGCACACCUCAGAUUGUUGCUUUGUCCAAGCUGCUGCUGGACCCUUACUACCGCACUAUUGAGGGCUUUCAGGUUUUGGUGGAGACAGAGUGGCUGGAAUUUGGCCAUAAGUUUGCUGACCGCUGCGGCCAUGGAGAAAACUCUGAAGACCUGAACGAGCGCUGUCCCGUCUUCCUGCAGUGGCUGGACUGUGUCCAUCAACUACAGAGGCAGUUCCCGUGCUCCUUUGAGUUUAAUGAGGCUUUCCUGGUGAAACUGGUGCAGCACACCUACUCCUGUCUGUUCGGCACCUUCCUGUGUAACAGCGGCAAGGAGAGGGAGGACCGCCACAUUCAGGAGAGGACCUGUUCUGUCUGGUCGCUGCUCAGACCAGCCAACCGCACUCUGAGGAACAUGCUGUACUCCUCACACUCCGAGACUGUUCUUCAUCCGGUGUGUCAUGUACGCAACCUGAUGCUGUGGACGGCAGUCUACCUGCCCAGCUCCUCCCCCACCACCCCCUCUGAUGACUCUUGUGCUCCCUACCCUGUGCCCGGUGGCAACCCUGAGGACACGCCCCUGGCCAGACGCACAAAGACUCGCUCCUUUGACAACUUGCCCAGUGCAUGUGAGCUUGGAAGCUCUAUGGCUCCUAACCGCCGCUCCAGUGACCCAAGCCUCAAUGAGAAAUGGCAGGACCACCGACGUUCUCUGGAGCUCAACAUGGCAGUGGGGCCUGAGGGAGCGGGUAACCAGGAUCAGGAGGUGUUGCCUAAUGGAGUGGGGCCUUACCCAGACGGAGUGGACUCUAAGCUAGAUUACAGCGCCCAGCCCCCUAGCUCACACGCAGAGCUUGGACAGGGGGUCUCUGGAAGCCCAGCAGAAACAGGAGAGGAAGGAGAGGAGGCAGAGCUCUCUGUGGCGAUGGGUGUGGUCGAGGGCCAGAUGGAGAACAUCCUUCAGGAAGCCACAAAGGAGGAGGCAGGAGCAGAUGUUCAGAGAGAGGGAAGUGCUGCCAUCAUACAUGUCAUUAACACUGUUGACACAGAGGUGGAGACGCAAGGAGAAGCAAAAGCUGAGGAGGAUGAUCAGUGUGAUCAGGUCGAUGGGACUGAGAUCCAGAGAGAAGCAUUUGCUAAUGGCCACCAUCCAGCAAAUGGCGUAAUAGAGGCCGUGGAGGAUGAUGAGUCUCCCCCUCUACCCACACAGAAGGCAGAGGAGCUGAAUCAACAGGCAGCUGAGGUGGCUCAGACACCAGAUCAGGUGAUGCAGGCUGUAGGGAACUCUUCUGUACUAGAGGAGGAGCUUGCACAUGAACCCUGUAAGUCUGGCUCAGGUAAGCCAGAGCAGCCUGCAGCCCAUAGAACUAUAACUAACGGCUUUGUGGACAGAUCACCUGAACAGCCAGGUGUGGAUGAGGAGUCCUGCCCUGACUCAGUGUCCAACCACGGUGUGUUGGAGCCGGCGGAACAGGUGGAUAAGAGGGCUUCCCUGAUGGAGAGCUCCACAGAGACUUUAACUGAAGAGGCCUGCAGCAGGCUACCAGCACAGCCGCCUGUUUGUCCGAGUCGUCAGCCCUGCCUUGAUGGCAGGAGCCAGCUGCCGUGCUCCAGGAAAGAGAAGGGCCUAGAGACAGGCGAGCAUGGCUUUGUCAGAACUUUAAAUGGGGGCGGCAAGCAACCCUCUGUCAGUGCCUUUCAGUCUGGUAAUGCUGACCUCAGCAGGGACGGGCUUUAUAAUGGCGACAGCUCCGAAGGGGAACCCUGUGGAGGACCUCAUUGGACUAAAGGGAAUGGUGAAAGGGCCCCUCUGAGUCGACAGGUGUCCCUAGCAAGCUGCAACUCUCUGAUCCUCCAUCCACGAGGCACCUGUUCCCAGCACCGCUGGUGCCACACCAUGCUAAGCCGAGCAGCCAUCAGCCCAGAGCAGCCAUCCCGCAGCCAUCUGGACGACGAUGGACUGACGCUACACACAGAUGCCAUCCAGCAGAGGCUGAGGCAGAUCGAGGCGGGGCACCAGAUGGAGGUGGAGACUCUGAAGAAGCAGGUGCAGGAGCUGUGGAGCCGUCUGGAGAACCAGCAGCACAUCAGCUCCCACAGGAUCAACGGAGAUAUGGGAGACGAAGUGACCUCAAUGACAGACUCGGAGUACAACCUGGACCCCAACUGUUUGUCACGCUGCAGCACAGAGCUCUUCUCUGAGGCCAGCUGGGAGCAGGUGGACAAGCAGGACACUGAGGUGACUCGCUGGUUCCCAGACCAUUUGGCAGCCCAGUGUUAUGGCUGUGAAAGCAGGUUCUGGCUCGCCACCAGGAAGCAUCACUGCAGUGGCAGGGAGCCUGUCCAGGAGGUCUGGAACUGCGGUAACGUGUUCUGUGCCAGCUGCUGCGACCAGAAGAUCCCAGUGCCAAGCCAGCAGCUGUUCGAGCCCAGCCGUGUCUGUAAGAGCUGCUACAGCAGCCUGCAGCUCAGCCCAGCUCCCCUGGACCUGGAGCUGGAGAAACCCAUCACGGCCAGCUCCAACUGAGCUUCAGAGGAGCGGGACAGGGGAGAGAGAGGGGAGUCGGGCUGUAGCCGCCAUCCGCUGACAAAGGCGUACUGCUGAAGAAGAGCACAAGAGAUACACAGAAUGUCCCAUAUACUUUAUGUGUGUGUGCUGCAGAUAUGAAAUUCAAUGUGUAUAUACAGAGGACUAUGUGGCGGAGGAGCUGAAUGAUGUGUUUGUGUUUUGCCUAGCGCUCUGAACGGUGGGUGUGCACAAGGGCGGGUGGUGUGUGUAUGUGUGUCAGAGGCAAUUGCACAUGCACCCAGUGGAGGGUUUGUGGCAGCGACGGGACCGCACUCAGAGGCCUGAGGAGUGAGACUGAACAUACUGGCGCAUUGGACCAGGCGGGCAGACAAGGUCAUCCCACUGCGUUGCGGAAGUCUGUUGGAGGGCUUUGGUCAACUCAAUCAUUUCCCUCACCCAUCCUUGCUUCUCGUCAGACUUCAGUGUACCAUCAUCUCCCAGCUUGGACUUGUUCUUUUCUCUGGAGGAUGUAAGAUCAGGAGCAAUGUGGAAAAUCUCCUGGCAAUCAUAAGACAGUCCCUCAGCUUUAAUGUCUGGAAAGCUCAUGCACAUAAAUGUUGUUCAGGGAAAAGUGUAAAUGGCCAGUUCACCCAAAUUACCAAAGACACAUGCUUCCUCACUUGCCUCUAGUGGUUUCUAACCAAGCAUUUACAUGUCAUUUAUUUGCCCACUUUGUGAGAUCCCAUGUCUGAGAUGUCUGCUGCCAACCCAAUAUAGUGGAGGUGAAUUGAACAAGGGCUUCACCUAUUAUUGCCAUUAUCAGUAAAUCUGCAAAUCAUUGUAUCAUUUACACAAGCCACCAUUUUUCUGUAACACACCCCCGCAAAAAAAACCCCACAUUUGAGAAGCUGGAGCCAGAGAACCAGAGUUUGACAUUUUUCCCUGAAAUAAUUUAUAAUUUUCUGUAAUUUGACUGUUUGCUGUCUGUGGCUCACAGCACUGAACUCUGUGCUCCAGUGGUUUAGUAUGGAUCAAGCACUGAAAACUCUGAAUCUGCAUUUCCCAUAAUGCAACUUGAUAGCAUCUUUAAAUGAGAUCCUCCCUCCCCAAUGUUUUCUGAGGCCCGUGCAGGCUGCUUGGUUUAAAUUUUUGGUCUCCACACCCAAAGAUAGAUCACCCUGAAGACAGCACUGUGACAUCAUCAGUGUUGUUUUGAGUAAAGUCCUCUGGAGCCACAGAGGAUGUUAUGCAACAUUUUCACAGACUGGUCCGUACUGUCCAUGACUCUGGAUUAUCCAUAGUUUUGUUUGGGUGAACUGUCCCUUUAACAUACUCUGGGCUGGUUCUCAACUCGGUGUAUGUGCUUGUUUUGGUUUUGGAUGAGUUUUUAAUCAGCCUCUAACACAGAAUGGCAUUGAUGUGUGUACAUACAUACACAAUAUAUACAGCUAAUUGACAUGAGUUUGAGCUUUUGAGCUGAUGUUUAAGGUAUGUUGAGAUUGAGCCCAGAGUGCAGACGGAAGAAAAAUGCUGUUGGAAUUUUGAAAAUGGCUUUUGCCCAUAGUACAAUACUUGUUUGAGUCCUGACCACAGCGAGCAACUAACACCCCCUCCAUCAGUCCUGCAACAGGACUGAUUAGUGACCUAUAGGAAAGGCUUUAGAACACGUGAGCACGUUAAGAGCUGAUGGCGGCCACUCAGCUCAUCCACGCCUAUAGACUGUUAUUACUGCUGGGAGUGUAAGCUGAUGUGUUGUGGCGUUGUCAGUUUGGCUCAGACGCAGACUGUGUAAUCUCUCCUGUUAGCCGCACCUUCAUGCCCUUCACUCACAACAGCCCGCUUUUUCUUAUUUUUACCCAGCAGGCACUGGGAGCUGGACGUCUCGCUCACUUUUCAGUGCUCCAGUGGAAAUCACAAGUGAAGUUGUGAUUUUUUUUUAAUUAUUAUUAUUUUUUUUAAAAUUCACCUCACUUGUGAUCUCCACGUUGACUGGCUGAAACAUGGAGGAGAGCAGCGGCAGCAGAAAGGGCUCUUGGUGUUAUCAAAGUCUGUAACUCAACACAUGUCAGAGAAGCUUCUGAGAUGCCUACUCUGCCUAACACCCAUUCAAUGACCUCGCACGCAUCGCACACACACACAUACACAUUUUUUGUAAAAUAAAUGAAUAAAAUAAUAUAUUCAGAUACUUAUAUAGCAUUUAAGAAAAAUGUAUAGAAUCCUUGAAUAGUGGCUCACUUAAUUAGUCACCAAAAGUUUGUUUUUUUUAAAAUUUGUUUUCUUAUGUUAUUAAUGACAGAAAAAUGCAUCUAUUUUGCAACCUGUUGAAGGUAACAAGUGUGUGCGGGGUCCUUUUUUUUCAAUAGAGAAGCAGGGUGUCCUGUUUUGAUGCUGCAGUGGAUUCUCCCUUUUUCAUUUAUUUAUUAGGGUUUUGUUGUUGCAUUGCUGUUUGAAAUCCAGACAAUUCAGUUGCCACGGGAUAAUCAGUGUUUAUGAGAUGGGAAGUGAAAGAUUGUCCUGACCUGUGGCUACAGUGACGCUCGUCAUUUCCGUUUGGUACCAGCCGAUCGCAGCAGAAUUUGUGGAUGUAAUAAUAUCCAGAUAAAUUGUGGGUGGGUAAAGGGGUGGGGGGGUGAAGUCAGAGGUGUCAUGUAGCAUAAUGUGACCCGUGACGAUCACAUAAUGAGAAACGAGCGCAUCUGUAGCCAAUUUGAUGUCUAUGCACUGAGAGAACAGUGGUCCAAAACAAGCAGCCUGAACUCAAAAGAAAAGUCUGCCCCCUGAAGUCACACACACACACACACACACACGGACGUUACUCCUUUCAAACCCAUCUACAAACACUACCUCUACUUUGUACACACGCUCAUCCAUGCACACACAUUCACGCUGCAUGCUUCUAGUUGCUGAGUGACUCUCGAUUUCCCAAUUUAUGUAACUGAGAAUGGCCUUUGUUGUUAGGAUUGAAAAUCUGGAUUUUUUCUCUUAAUCAGCUGGAGCAUAAAGGUACCGCACACGGCCGCAGACUUUCAUUUUAACGAUGAUCAUAUUGUCGAGACUGCCAAUCUUUUCAUUGCUUGUUAUUCAGCUCACGUCACGUCAGCAGAGGGCCCACAUGUGCUGUUUUCAGCAGGAAAGGCCAGAUGGUCGCUGUGGUUCACCACAUGGGACGGCAACAUUUUGACCAUAGGAGGAAAUGCAUCAGUACAAGUGUGUGCCGGCAACGUGACAAUGUUUAAUCAUUCUGGAGACGUAUUGCUGAUCUUUUUGUUCUUGAUGGAUUUCAGUGUGGUAGUAGAGCUGGCAGAAGAAUGAGGUGUUUCAGGUGGUCGGAACAACAGCAGGCUUGAAGUGUGUGCUUUUCUCACUGCCGUCCUGUGGAGGUGGUGAAUGUGUUUAACCUGACAGCUCCACCUUUGUUCUUUCAAACAGAUUAGAGAACAAGGAAUCUGUUUGUCCCUUAUAGAUGAGACACUGUCUUUUCUGCCAGUUUAAUAUUCACAAAAACAAGAGGAACAGUCUUUUUGAAUUUAUUAGAGGAGAUUAAACUUUCUGCAUUAAAUGUGCAGCAGAUUCAAAUUUUAGUUUGAGCCUUUCUCUGAUCCAGUUCCUGUUUUCUCUUUAUCUAGAGACUUUGAUAGACUGAAAUACUGAUCUGCAACCAGAAUGUUGUCUUUACAUGUUUGACUGGUGAUGUGAAGCUGGCCUGUAAUCCUAGAUCAGUCCUAUCAACUUAAUAUAUGAUUUAUUCCAGGCUUCACCCAUAAUGAUGGCUCUAUGUCCUAAACGUUGAAAGGAAAUGAACACUUUGUAAUUCAUGAGCUCUUCAACACAAAUGUCAACAAAGGACUGUCUAAAUGAGAUGUGUAAUGUCCCUUUAACAGCCCAGUCUGACGCCAAAGUUCUUUCCGUUUCCCCAGAGGCACGCUUGACAGCGGGCAGCAUGAAUCCUAACUCUGUAUUUUCACCACCAUCACAGGCAUGUGAGGCACCAAGCUUCUUGUUCAUUUAUCCAUUAAUGUGAAUUGUCUAAAAAAAAAAAAAAAAAAAAAAAGGCUAUAUUUGCACAUGACAUCAAGUAGACACUGCCACAGAGUGCAUCAAAAUAAAGCUGAAAGUGUGCUGUGCUUUUCAGUAUUGUAACGAGCAUUAUGGUGGGUGGUUGUACGCGUAUGGGAGGGUUGGGUCAUGUGGUGAACGGGUUAUCAGUUGACACACAUGUUGCCAGGGUGAUUCCCUGUUGUGUCCCCCCCACCAAGAAGUUCUCUUGGUCUGCAUAUGUUGUAUUUCUCUCUGCUCACGCUGACUUGCUCCAUCAGAGGCGUCGCUGCUAUGGCCCAGUAAUCACGUUGACAUGAGUGUGAAUGAGGUGAAUGCACUGAGCGUUGGUGUGACCGUGUGUGUGAGAGAGAGAGUGUGAGUGUCUCUUUUGGUGGAGACUGGUGCCAAGCAGUUUUAUUACGGGUCUCUCACAAAGGGAUCACUCGUGCUUUUGUUUGAUUCCCCCUCCCCUUCUGUUUGAUAAGCACUUUGAACCUUCUCAUGUCUGUCAGAGGAGUGUGUAGCUGUACAUAGCAAUUUCCUGUAACAACAAGUGCUCCUUGUUCAGUCUGAAUAUUUUGUUUUGUUGGAUUUACUUUAGAGAGCAUUACAUUGUUGUAGAAUUAAAGGAAAAAUAAACUAGAUAAACGUA